AUGGCAAAAAAGAAUUAAAAGGAAGUGCUAAGAAGAAAACUACUAGUUUAGAUGCAGUUUUAUCAAAUAUGGCUAGACAUCAAAAAUUAGACAAUAUGCUUGAUGAAAAAUUUGAUUCAUUAUAAAAUAUAAUUUUUUGAGAUUUAAGAAGCUGAUAUAUAUUAAACUAGAGAUAUGGGUGUCCAAACUAUACCAAUGGAUAAAAAUAUAAUAAAAAGCCGUCUAGGUUGCUCUGUAUGCAAAAAAAAAGUUAAUAAUGAUACUUCGAUUAAAAACUUGUCAUCAAAACCCUGGAUUGAUAAAAGACAUUUAAAAAAAAAUGUUUUUGAUAAAAAAUGUAUUAAUUGUGAAUAUAGUAAAUUAACACCAACUGUUACAUUAAAUACUAAAAGUAAUGAAUGUUACUGUAAUCAUAUGGAAGAAACAAAAAAUGAAUCCUUUCCAAAAUUAAUAUGUUCUAAGCGUUUUAAGACUCCACAUCUAACUAAUAUUAAUGAAAAGUGGUUGAAUGAAAUUAUUGAAUUCAGACGUCAAAAUUGGUUUGAUUGUCAUGCUGAUUCACUUGAUGAUGGAAUUUGUGUUCAAAAUAUUAUUCCUCUAAAUAUUUUUAACAAAUACAAACUAAAUUGUAAUCAUCAAAAUAAUUCAUUUUCAAUAACUCAUGGUAAUGAGUUGAGAACUGAAAAUCCAUGUGUAUACUCAGAAAAUACUACUAUAGUUAAAAAAUAUCUUAAUGUACAAAAAAAAACUGCUGUUUCUAAAUUUGCUGGUAAAAAAAAAUAUCCAAACACAGUUCAUAAACCUUGGAAACCACCAUCACCAUCAGUUAAUUAUAAAUUUUAAUUUCUUGAUUACAAUUUAAAUGAGUAAUGUAUAAUGUUUAGUACACUUAUAAUAUUUUUAGCUUUUUUUUUUUUGUUAAAUUAAAAACUAAUUAUUGUAAAGACUAUCCAUGAAUAUAUUAUACAACACAAUAAACACUGUAGUAAAUUAUACAUAACUUAUUUUUGUAUUUACAUAAAAAAAGAUUAUGUUGCAACAAAAAUUAUUACAUUACAAAUUUACAAAUUACAAUAAUUGGUUUUGUUUAUGUAUAUAAUUAUAACUGUAAUAUUAUAAGUAUUGUCUAAUUAUAUUAAUAAUUUAAUUUAGUUUUAAUAUUAUUAUUAAAUUUAUUAUCAAUGAUACAAUAUGUAGUAUAUAAUGUAAUAAUAUUAAUUUCAAAUAUUAUUAUUUUUAAACAUUAAAUAAAUUAUCUAGUAUACUAUAAUAUGUUUUCUUUUAUAAUUAUAUUAUAAUAUUUUUAAUUCAGAGUAA